GAAAAAUGUAUUUUAAGCAAUUUGAAAUUUGUAAUAUUUUCAAUAUUUUCAAAUAUAGCUAACAAAAAGUGUAUGUCAUUGUUGUCAUAGAUCGCUAUUUAAUUGUGAAUUAAACAUAGGAAUGGAAUACAAUUAGAAAAUAUUAUUUUAUAAAAUGACAUCGCGAUUUAGUGGAGCAUUACAAAUUACAAAUUUAGAUGACUUCAUUACACCUUCUCAGGAGUGUAUCAAACCUAUAGAAAUCCAAAAGUCGAAAAGUAAAACUGGUGCAAAAAUAAAGAUUGAAGAAGAUGGAACACCUUUUGUAUUAAAUGAGGUUGGUCAAUCAGAAAAAUUACAAAAAGUUGAAAUCACACUUACUGAUUGUUUAGCUUGUAGUGGUUGUAUUACAUCUGCUGAGACUGUGUUAAUUACACAGCAAAGUCAAGAAGAAUUAAUGCGAGUAUUUAGAGAAAAGAUUUCUCAGUGUGAGAGUAAAAAUGGUAUAUAUUCAACAUAUAUUGCAGUCAGUCUUUCAGUGCAAGCAGUACUAUCCAUAGCAGAACGUUAUAGUCUUGAUCCAGAACGAGCACUAAAUAAACUUGCUGGAUACUUUUAUCAACUAGGAGCAGAUAUAGUUUUAGAUAUGACUGUCGCUGAUGAUUUUGCUCUUUUAGAGUCUGCUAAAGAAUUUAUAGAACGUUACAAAGCAGCUAAAGGGGGUGCAGUAAAUCAAUUACCCAUGUUGUCUUCUUCUUGUCCAGGGUGGGUGUGCUAUGCUGAAAAGACACAUGGUAAUUUUAUACUUCCAUAUAUAAGUGUUACAAAAUCUCCACAACAAAUUAUGGGAUCAUUAGUUAAAUAUCAUUUAACUGAAACUAUGGGCCUUUUACCAGAACAAGUUUAUCAUGUCACUGUUAUGCCUUGUUAUGAUAAAAAAUUGGAAGCAUCUAGGGAAGAUUUUUAUAAUUAUGAAAGAAAAUCUAGAGAUGUGGAUUGUGUUAUAACUCCAAUUGAAUUAGAACAAAUGUUUAAUGAACACAACGUGUCAUUAAAUGAAAUAAAUGAAAAAGAAGUUGGAAAAUUAGUUGAAUCACAAAUGAUAGAUUUUAAAAAUAAUUUAUGUGGCCAUAGUGGUUCAGGAUCUGGGGGUUACGCCGAAUUUAUUCUUCGUUUCGCUGCAAGACAUUUGUUUGAUGAAACAGAUGUAACAGUUGAAUUUAAAAAUCUCAGAAAUCCUGAUUUUCAAGAAGCAGUCUUUCAAAAAGAUGGUCAGACAUUAUUGACAUUUGCAAUUGCUAAUGGAUUUAGAAAUAUACAAAAUCUAGUACAAAAAUUGAAACGUGGGAAGUGCCCGUACGAUUAUGUUGAAGUUAUGGCGUGUCCUUCUGGAUGUCUUAAUGGAGGUGCACAAAUUAGACCUCUGAAUAAUAUUCAACCACGUGAACUGGCGUCAAAGCUAGAAUCUAUGUAUCAGGAACUUCCUCAGAGCAAUCCUGAACAAAAUUCACUAGUGCAAAAUUUGUAUAAAAAUUGGUUAGAAGGAGAAUAUACAGAUAAAGCUUUAGCAUAUUUUCAUACACAGUAUCAUGAAAUAAAGAAAAUAGAUACAGCUCUCGCCAUAAAGUGGUAAUUAUAUUAUCGUAAUUAUAAUUUAGUACUAUAAAGAAAUGUUUCGUUUUAAUUAAACUUAUUUAAUUAAAUAUAAGAUGUAAUAAUAAAAUAUUUGUUAUUUAAACAACAAAUUUAUUAAAUAUAGCUAUUUCACAAGAUUGAAACAUAUAGUAUAAUGAACAAAAACUAUGUCUUAUUACAAAAUAAUAAUUAUAUAACUAAGUUUUUAAAUAUGUUGUUAAAAUGUACAGUAAAUAUAAAAAGUUACAUACACUGUA